AUGGCAUCGAAUGGUACUCACAACGACUUCAUCAACAUCACCACUCCACACUCUAGGGCGCCCAGCAUGGUUCAAGAUACGCCUGCUCCUGCGCCACGGCCACGCUUGCCGGUCAGAAAACAAGCUCCUCAGAGGAACAUCGACGAGUUCUGGAACAAAUUCACGACCAAACACCCCGCCGCACAUGCGCCGAGAGGGUCCAUACCCGGGGUCAAUGCGCUUGCAUCCUACGAGGAGGCCAAGGAAGCCUGCACCAGAAAGGUCGCAAAGAUCGUCAAAGAGUGCCGACGACUGAACCAGAAAUACAGAGAUCCACAUUUCGAUAUAGAGGCCGACUUCAAACGGUCGCAGCUUAUUCCAGACACUCCCGCUGACUGCUUGACUGGGCUCAAUGAAGAGAACGCUGACUUCCAUCCUUUGUCGGUUAAGAGAGUCGAGGACAUCUUCGAUGAACCACGAUUUUUCAUCGAAGGCGCCACCGCGAACGAUGUACGACAGGGCAAUGACGGUGACUGCUGGUUCAUGUCGGCACUGGCGACGAUCUCGAACAAGGAAGAAUUGAUACAGCGGGUGUGCGUUGCGCGCGAUGAGCAGGUCGGCGUGUACGGAUUUGUCUUCCACAGAGAUGGCGAAUGGAUAUCCGAGGUCAUCGACGACAAGCUAUAUCUCAUCAAGGAGGACUUUGACGAAGCAAAACUUGAGCGCUCCCACUGGUUGGAACUUCAGAACCGGAAAAGCCCCGAAGAUGAAUACCGGACUGUCAUGCAAACCGGUUCGAGGGCUCUGUACUUCGCACAAUGCAGCGAUCCUAAUGAAACAUGGCUGCCACUGCUGGAAAAGGCUUUUGCCAAAGCACACGGCGACUACAGUGCCAUUAAUGGCGGCUUUGUAGGCGAAGGUAUCGAGGACCUGACUGGAGGUGUCACGUCUGAAAUCUUUGCAACCGACAUCUUGGAUAAGGACAAGUUCUGGCACGAAGAGCUCAUGAACGUCAAUAAGACGUUUCUCUUCGGAUGUGGCCAGAUGGGCGGUAUCUACGGCGCUCGCAAAGGUAUCCAGGAGAAACAUGCAUACUCCGUCAUGGAAGCACGCGAGAUCGAUGGCCAGCGCCUGCUGAAGCUUCGGAACCCCUGGGGCCGCACCGAGUGGACUGGUCGCUGGAGCGACGGUUCAGAAGAAUGGACUCCAGAAUGGAUGAAGAAGCUCGACCACAAAUUCGGGGACGACGGUGUCUUCUGGAUCUCGUACAAGGAUCUUCUGCGUACCUACCAGCAUUUCGACCGUACACGACUGUUCGGUCCGGAAUGGACGGUUUCUCAGCAGUGGACAAGUGUCAACGUUCCGUGGAGCGUCGACUACCUCGACACCAAAUUCAAGAUACAUCUCGCGAAAGGCGGCCCCGUAGUCAUCGUACUUAGCCAGCUUGAUGAUCGCUACUACCAAGGUCUGGAAGGCCAGUAUGAGUUCAACCUACAGUUCCGGCUCCACAAAGACGACGAAGAAGAGUACAUCGUUCGCAGCAACGGUACAUACUAUAUGACGCGCUCUGUCUCUACCGAGCUGGAUCUUGAGCCUGGUAAUUACACCGUCCUGCUCAAGAUCAAAGCAACCAGAAUUCCCGACAAUCCGACACCUGAUGAAGUCAUUCGUAUGACCUGUACCAAACGGCGCGAGAAACUGCUGUCGAUCGGGCUGUCUUACGAUCUUGCGCAUGCCAAAGGACAUUUCCGGGAGCAAGAAGAAGACAAGGCCAAACGUCACAAAGAGGAGAGAGUUGAGCGCAAGAAGGCUGAGAUGAAGCAAGCUCAUCAACGCCGUAAGAGAUUACGCCAAAAGGCUGAGCUGCGUGACCUGAAGAAAGCUGCGAAAGAGACGCGCAAACUCAAUCAAUCUGGCGACAUGGCAGAAGUCGAGAGGAAGCUCGAAAGCCUGUCUGGUCUUGGAAUAAAUGUCGAGGAAGACAACCGCACUUCCGGCGACGAAGACGCUAAGCCUGUUCACCAAGCAGUCUCCAGGCACCAUCGUGCAUCGAGCCUUGACCCACUCCGUGAGCGCUCGGCUAGUCCAGGUGGCGGUUUUGGCGGCCGGAGUGGAUACAACAAAGGUCGUGAUGGCUACAAUGCAUCGUUUCCCGGAGCAUUGCAGGGUCGUGGCGGCUACAACCGCGACAGCAAUGGCUCUGCAAUCCCUGAAGCUGCAAUCCUUCAAGGACGUGGUGGAUACCACCACAGUCCCCAACCUUCUCCUGCGACCCAUAGUCAAGGCUUUCAAGGGCGCGGAGGCUACAAUCAAAAUAUGCCUGGAGAGCUCCAGGGUAGAGGAGGGUACAACCAAAAUAUGCCUGGUGAGUUGCAAGGCAGAGGGGGGUACAACCAGAAUAUGCCAGGCGAACUCCAGGGUCGCGGAGGUUACAAUCAAAACAUGCCUGGGGAGCUUCAGGGUCGCGGUGGCUACAACACUGACUUUCCUGGUGCAUACCAAGGUCGCGACGGAUACAACGAAGGCCAGAUGACGGAUUCGCCUAUUCCUACGCCAUUGCCGACGCCUAUCCCCACGCCGCUGACUGAUGAGUUUCGCCCUGGAACGCCCGGUCAAAGGACAUACAGUCCGCGUCCUGAGCACCGACCAUCAACUGGCGUUCGCCGGGCUACACUCACCCCCAUCCCGGGUAUCCGACCUGGUAUUCAGGUCACUCGCGGACGAACUGCUAGCGAGUACUCCCACCGCGCUCAGCACGGAAUGCACUCGCCCGACGAUAUGUCCGACGACUCCUGGGAUUCCGAUCUCGAUGGCCCCUGCUCGCUCGACUCGGAUCUCUCCGACGAUGAAGACAACAUUCCGCGCAUCUUCUCCGAGCGCCAGCGCUAUGUCUACAACAGCACGCGCUACCCCUACCUCGAAGAAGAAGACGAGUUCGAGCGCGACCCCUGGAACGCUGUGUGCGUCGUCGGUCUCCGCGUCUUCAGCAAAGACAACACCGACGUCACCAUCGAAGUGCAAAACAGUGAGGGCGAGACCAAGAAGAAGUCCGAUGGCGACGAUGCAAGUGUAGCAAGCAUGGGCACGAUCAGACGCAAGGAAAAGGAACUCGAUGUUGAUGAUAGUGCGGCAGAUGCGACGAGUCCGAUGCGCAAGAGGAAUACUGGUCUGGAUGAUGCGCUUGAUUCUAAAUUGAAUCGGGCCGAUGAAGCGGAGCUGGUGAGCCAAAUUGGCACGGCGCCGGCAGGCGUGGAGAGGAGUCGCCAGGGGACAUUGAGCUGA